AUGGAAAGAGUAAGGAAAUCGCACAUCUGGCGCAGAAGCAAUGAAACGGUAAGCGACGAUGAUACCGACGAAUACCUCGCAGCCAUGAAGAAAGUCCAGAAUCAGAGUAAGAAGAUGUCGAACGAGAGUGGAGUAAAGUCUCCAAGAGCGCGGCAUAGAAGUCGUCCUUCAGAUAUUCUGGGAAUUAUGGAAGGUGUAAGCGGUUGUAAGAGCAAUCUACAGCAGGCUACGCGAAUCAGCAUCGUUGCCUCUAUGGUCCCAGACGAGAUCAUCUACUACCACUGGGAUCGCAACAUCAGAAGCUACGAGACGGCACUGAUGUUCAUCGACGUAUCUGGUUUUACGGACCUCUGUGAGAGCUAUACCAGACCAGGCCGUGGCGGUCCGUCUAGGCUAACCCAAGUCCUGAACUCUUACAUUGGCGCCAUGAUUCAAGAGAUCCUCAUGCACAACGGGGACAUCCUUAAUUUUUCUGGAGACGCUUUUCUUACCAUGUGGAAGAAGACACCAAAGGUGACGAUGCAAAAUAUUGUGCACACCGCCAUCGACUGUGGCCUCUUAAUACAGAAGAACUAUGAAAACUUUGUCACUGACACUGGAGUUGUUUUAAAAGUUAAAAUAGCGAUAUCCGCUGGCUUGUCCCACUUUUCCAUAAUCGGCGGGGAAGGCAAGGACACUCAAUCUCACUACGUUAUAGUCGGACAGCCCGUGUGGGACGUGAAGAUGGCCGAAUAUAUGAGUACAGCUGGUGAUGUGCUCACAUCAGCUAGUGCCUGGAUGUAUGUGAACGAAACGGAGUAUUGCACCCAGCGUUGCCGAGAUGGAAGGCACACAAAGGUCUUGGGUAUAGGUGCUACCUGGAAAAGAGUAGAAAAUCCCCUGAAUACUUUUGGUAGCGUGCACAAAGAUUCUUAUUCAAUAUUUCCUGCAACGCAAAACAGUGAAAACGAGAGAGAAGAUCCCGAGGAAAAAUAUUUCAAAGGAUUUUCUCUUACAGAUCCAUAA